AGAUAACGUAAAGUUUAAAGUGAAGCGGAGGUUGUUUUUGUUUGUUUGUUUGUUUGUUUGUUUGUCUGUCUGUUUGUUUGUAAAUACAACGGACGGCGUUGGGAAGGGAAUGUUAGCAGGCUGAGCACAGCUAGCAAACUAGCUCAUUUAGCCGAUUUAGCUUGUCUUGUUUUAGCAUAGCUGAGCAGAGUGUAAUUCUGUAAGUGUAAAUUCGGGUUGUUGAGUUACACAAACCUGUAAUCCGUCUUUACAAUAAUCCGCCAUGUUACUAAGCAUUACACCACAGCGCUGCUGAAUUCUCCAAUCUGAUUGGUCCGUAGGUGUUUGAUUAAUGUUCUAUUGAAAGUAGCUCCGGUGCCGAGGCAAAUCACAGGUCUAUAUCAGUGCGCUCGAACUAAUACGUUAUUAUUACUGUAGUAUCAGCGGGGGGAUGGGUUGUAUGUAAUCUAAUCUUAAUAAUAAUAUCGUAUUCUUUAACAUGGAAGGAAUAACACUUGACAGACUGUGCUGUUAUAUGGAAAUAAUCCAUGCUGGUGUGUGUGUGUGUGAUGGGGCAUGAAGUGCACAUGUCCUGUAACCGUACGGUCUGUAACGUGUCCUUCCGCUUGUACCUCAUAAGACAUUCAGUUUGCUAACAGUUACACUGUGUAGUUUAUCGAUGUGCAAAAUGUUGUACGUUUUAAAGCUUCGUCGUUAGAUUUAAUGUCGUAGCGUGUCCGAGAGACAAGUUAGUUCCCGUUCUCGCUUACGUUAUAGCCGUGAUAAAAGUUCAUUCUUUCUCCUUCUCUGUCUGACUCGCAAUAAAAACAAACAAACCAGUUUGUCAUUGUACCCAGAAAAAAAAGCAUAAAGUGUAACCUCCUCUGUCCUGAAGACUUUCCAGUGCUGGCAAGCUUUGACUGUUACAAAAACGCAGACAGCCGAGACGUCUCCUAACAAAAUAAAUAAAUGAAUAAAAAUCACCACGUCAUAAAUGGUUAUAGGUUUACUUUGUUAAACAACACAUUUUUAAAAUCCUUUUAUUGUUAGUCUUUGAUUGUGUCCGCAGUACAAGUCCCCGUGCCGUGUACGAGCCUUUACUAUAGAAACAAUAACGUGUCGUUCACGUUACGGUCGGAAUUACCGUGCAGGAAUAAUGCACACCUUCUAGAUAAUCAGAUUCGAGCGUUCAGCCACGCGCUGUGGUGUAAAGAUGUAUCAUCGUUGAUAUGGUGACGCUUGUUUAUUUAUUUACAGUUUAUGGAAGGAGACUCCAGUAUGAGCUUUGUAAGAGUUACUUCAGGACAGAGGGAGGAGUUUGUGCUUUCAGUAGUCUCAGUAACAAGACAAUCUGGGGUUUUUAUUUUUAUUUUUUUAAAGGUCGGGAGAAUAUUUUGGAGCGAUUUCUCUCCUGUUGUGGACAGAACCGGACUCAGUUCUGCGGGUUUUUUUUUUUUUGUUUUUUUUUGGUUCUCCUCCCCCCCUCUCUCGUUGCGGCCGUAGCUGGUCCUUGUGAAGAACCACCAGUCGAUGGCUCUGAUGGACAAACACAAAGUCAAGCGGCAGAGACUGGACCGCAUCUGCGAAGGCAUUCGCCCACCCAUCUUAAACGGGCCCAUGCACCCUCGUCCUCUGGUGGCGCUGCUGGACGGACGGGACUGCACGGUGGAGAUGCCCAUUCUGAAGGACGUGGCCACCGUGGCCUUCUGUGACGCUCAAUCCACCCAGGAGAUCCACGAAAAGGUUCUUAACGAGGCCGUAGCUGCGUUACUGUAUCACACCAUCUCACUAUCACGAGACGACCUCGACAAGUUCAAAGGACUUCGUGUCAUCGUGAGGAUCGGCAGCGGAUUCGACAACGUGGAUGUUAAAGCCGCAGCUGAGCUCGGUAUCGCAGUGUGUAACGUGCCCGCAGCGUCUGUGGAGGAGACGGCAGAUACGUCCAUGUGCUUGAUCCUGAACCUGUACCGCCGGGUCACCUGGAUGCACCAGGCCCUACGCGAGGGCACUCGAGCCUCCAGCGUCGAACAAAUCAGAGAGGUGGCAGGAGGAGCCGCUCGCAUCCGAGGAGAGACGCUGGGCAUCAUCGGCCUCGGACGUGUUGGCCAAGCGGUGGCUUUGAGGGCAAAGGCGUUUGGUUUUGGGGUGAUUUUCUACGACCCGUACCUGCCCGAGGGGGUAGAAAAAUCCCUGGGGCUCCAACGCAUGGCCACGCUGCAGGAUCUACUCAUCCACUCGGACUGUGUGUCCCUUCACUGCAGCCUGAACGAACACAACCACCACCUCAUCAACGACUUCACUAUCAAACAGAUGCGUCAGGGUGCGUUCCUGGUGAACACUGCGCGAGGGGGGCUGGUGGAUGAGAAAGCUCUGGCUCAGGCACUGAAAGAGGGAAGAAUACGCGGCGCAGCUCUCGACGUCCACGAGACGGAGCCCUUCAGCUUCUCACAGGGGCCUCUUAAGGAUGCCCCUAAUCUGAUCUGCACCCCCCACACAUCCUGGUACAGUGAGCAGGCCUCCAUUGAGGCGAGGGAGGAGGCGGCGCGGGAAGUACGCAGAGCCAUCACGGGUCGUAUUCCUGACAGUCUCAAGAAUUGUGUGAAUAAGGAGUAUCUGAUGACGGCUUCCCAGUGGCCCUCUAUGGAGACCGCCUCCGUGCACUCUGAACUCAACGGAGCAGGGUACAGGUUUCCGGCGGGUCUGAUUGGUGUAACCCCAGGAGCUCUGCCUGGUGCAGGGGCAGGAGUAGAGGGCAUGGUGGCAGGCACGCUGCCCCUAGCCCAUCCCCUCGCCCCGGUCUCGCACCCACCACACACCCCCUCACCCGGGCAGCCAACCAAGGCAGAGGCUGACAGAGACGUCCCUUCUGACCAAUAGCAUCCCAACACAUUCCAUCGUUGCCCCAGCGAUGCCCUCACCCCCCCCCCCCCCCCUUUUUUUAAGGGCUCGAUCCAUGCCGAAGCCCUGCUUUCGACGUAAUAAUUUUUGACGGGUCAAUCCAGUCAAACAGAACACGCAAGUCCAGAUGUGACCCACUCAAAAACACUUCUCCUUGCCCCUUCCUUCGUUGUCGUAUCAUCCGUUUAUUUUUUUAAAAAAAUUUUCCACCUGUGCAGCAAGCAAUAACUCUUUUUCUCAAGGAUUCAGUAAUUGGGUUGUUUUUUUGUUAGAAUUAGAAAACCCCUUUUUAAUUUUUUAUGCCUUUUUGAAUCUGGACUAGUUGGAGUUUGUUUCUGAGUAGUGUGUCUUCUACCUGCCUUCUGUCUGUCCAGCUGAGUUAACAGUAUAGUAAAGAACACAUGAACCGUUCUUUUAUUUCAGCCUCCCAAGCAUUUUUUUUUUUAAAGCAUAGGUUUGACCCUUGAAGCAAAUUUGGAAAAACUGGCUUAAGUCAUUGAAUUUCGUUUCGACCACAUUUCCAACGGACAGCUAACCAUAGCCACACCUUUCGCUAACCGGAUUAGAACGGUAAGAGGGACGACGUGUCAUCUGCCUGUUCCUGACAGUAACUCAGUGGCGUUCUCGGACACUUCGGGUUCCGCUUUUCCCUUCAUGUUGAAGACAUUGCGAGCGUCGUAUCGUGUCCAUCCUGUCCUUCCGAAAGAUGACAGACUCUCAUUUCCUGUAAAGAUACUCGUUGGGUAUCGGUUCAGUCAUAUGCUUCACUGUAUCAAUAACGUAUGGAUAAAUGACAUGUAGGUCUCUGUAAGAGCAUCAUAAAUAUGCCAUUUGUGUACAGCUUUUUAUUGACGUCUGGUCACUUUUCCACUUCUCCAGAGUGAAAUCUCCUCGACUUUUAACAGUGUAGAUGUAUGAAGUCCCUAUUUUGUGCGUGUGCAUCUCUGAACUUCAGUGAUUUAUGAUUCUCUUAUAAAGACCGUGCGAUUGGGAAUAUUCAGUAGGCUGUGUCUUUACACUUAAUCUAUCAUUACUUUCACUGUUAACUCCAUGAAAACUGGAGGGGGGGAGGAAGGGGGGGAUAAUGCAAGCACAUUUUCAGGUGUCUUAAAGGGCCGGUGUUCCACUUUUCAGAUUUUCACGUUAAGUGUUGUGAUACUUUGAGUCGUCUUUCUUUUUUUCAGCUGGGAUUCUGUUACUGUUUGUUUGUUUUAAAAAAAAAAAAAAAAAAUUAUUUUGGGACUCCUGCUCUCUUCUAAAAUAUACACAUAUCCUCCACCUUGAUAUGCCUAGCUCUUUUUUUGUUUUUCUUAUCUUUCCAUACUUCCUGGAUGUGCCUCCCUGGGUGGUUCAGCUUUUUCACUGACCUUUGUACAUUAUUCUCCUUAUCUCCGAUAGUCCUUCCUUCUGCUCCUGCUCUUCCCAUGACAUCACUGUGUGAGGAAUCGGGCUGCCAGGCGCUUAAAUGAAGAUGAGAUCACACACACACACACAUACACACAUGCGAAUGUGUUUGUCUAAAGCAGUUGUUUUGAGUAGCUUCUGUUCAGCCAGGUGUUUGCAGACAUGUAAAGAUCUUUGGUGUCAUUUUUUUCCCCUCCUCAUCUUUUGUAUGCAGAUCUUUGUAGUAACAUGAUAUGGCCAUUAGGGGUCAAUGACAGUGUAGUAAUCUGAGUCUGCUGAAUAAUCCUGUCUCAGCAUUUCUUUUUACCUGCCGCUCUUCAGCCAUGCAGUCCAUCAGUGCUUUUGUCAAAUACGUCGUCGUGCUUAUAGAGAGGGAAGCAGGUAGAACCAGACUGCAUCACUCCAUCCAUCAGCAGACUGUGUGGCUGACUUCCAAAGAUCCACAACGGAGCUGUGGCAGGCGCGCAGUCUGUCCCUUUAUCAGUUAGUAGUGUAAACCUCAAGACGACACCGCAGAUCUAAUCAGUGUUAUCCGGUUUCUUUAUAAUUUUUAUUUUAUUUUAACCUUCUCUUCCUGUUGAGUUAAACCUGACAUCGUACCCCAACAUGCGCACAGUGGGGUUCGGGGUAAGCGUUUGGAUGGAGCUUGUUCAUUGAAAAAACGGUCGUUUUCCAAAGGGGGGUGGGUACGAUCGUCCCCUCCCCUCCUCCUCCCCUCCUAGACGAGUCUUUUGUAUGGAAAGUGUUCUGCGUCAAGGGAAACCAGUUUCUAGUACCUCAGUAACAGAUAUUGAAUGUAUGAUCUACUUGUUCUUCGCUUUGUACAGCUUCUUUUUAGAUUGUACUUCGCUAUUUCGGAACCCGUUGCAGAUAUACGUCUGAGCUUAUCUAACACACCUUACGAGGAUGUUGUAAUGCCCCUUCUUAGAAUCCAUUUCCUUUAGCGUAGGUAGUUUUGAGAUUGCAGGCUUUCUUAUUCGAGCUUUCCCUGUCUCGGAUUAUGUUAUGAAUGAGCACAAAUCUGCAUCGCCGUUCAUCUAUAUCAGUGGGUCGUAAGAUGGAGUUGGGGUCUGGUCUCGAAUAAGCUAGGUGAUGGUGGAUUUUGGAAAUAAACUCUAAUAGGUUAAAGAACAUUGCACAGAUGUUCGUUGUGGCGAACCUGUUGACCUAAUCCUGAAUUAAAUUGCUGUUUUUGUUUCGAUUUUUCUUUUAUUUCUUGAAAAAUCCAACAAAGAUCAGAACUAAACUAGUUUUUGUGCAUGAAAUGUCUGUUACCGUACAAAUCCUGCUUUUUAAUUCUGCUUUUCUAUCUAGUUGGCCCUUGACUGAACGUUCUCAUGGAAUUGCGUGUCACUCAUGUGAGCUUGAAUCAAGAUGUCACGCUUGUUUUGGUCAUUUGAUGUCGUCUGACGUCUCCCGUUCUGUCCUUUUCAAAAAGGUUCUAGCUAUACUCUUCAACUUUUUUUUCAUUUUGACGUGUGGGAUAUUUUUGAACGCUAUCAUUUUCUUCAGGCUUGAACAUCAGCAGUAUGUUUCUGUAUUAUUCAGUGUUCAUGUUGUAUGGAAACGUUUCAAGAAAGAAAGAAAGAAAAAAAAAAGACCUCUUCUUCCCGGCAUUCACUUUUAUAGGUCCUUUCCAGCAGCUUGUUUAAAGGGCCGUAGUUUCCAGGUUUUCUUUCUCUCGACUGUAGUAGCCUUAAAUUCAUACACUAUGGUGGACUUGGUCACCCACCCCAUCCCCAUGAAGAGAGGAGACGUUACUCUUUAGCCAUUCUGUGUUCAAAGUGCACAGCUCUGUGUGCCAGACGUGUAUUUUUUACAGAGAACCCGCCUGGUUUUGAUUUUCAACGUGUGAAGUCGGCUCUGCUCUCGCAAAGCCCCUCUCUCAAACCUGGAGCUAUCGCUAAACAUUUAUCGCUACAUUGGGUCUGGAGCGGUCAAUUUCUCUCUAUCUCUCUCUCUUUCUUUCUCUCUCUCUCUCAGGGUUCAAAAUACACACACGCACACGCACACACACACCCUCCAGGUGUCUGUAGGUCACUCCUCUCAGAAACUCCAGCAUGAAGAUGGUUCAGAUCGUACUCCUUACAGUCCCGUCAAGCUAAGCUGUGUCCCCUUUUUCUCUCUUUUUUUUUUUCCUUCUUUCUUUUCUUUUUGUUUCUGUCUCAUUUCUCGCACUGACAUCUAACAAAGAAAGAAUGAAUGUUUUAAUCGAACUGUGUGUAACCGUUGAACUUGGGAAAUGUAUUUUUACAACAUGUGAACUUUUUAUUCCUUUCUUUCACCACCUUUUAUUUUCUUUGUAAAUUGACCCCUGUCCCAUCACCAGACUGCAAAAACUACAAAAAAGAAAGAAAAAAAAAAAACAACUCUUGUAACUAGCCUCUUAAGCUUUACUUUUGCUUUUGUUUUCUUUUUUUUUAUAUUAGAAAACAACGAUGUUUGUGAUGGUAACCUCUGAUGGUAAAAUUCCACAAGGUAUUUUAAUAAAAUCCUAAAGAUUAACCCUUCGUCUCUUCAUGCUAAAGGGUUUCAGUGCGCCUGAUGUUUGUUUCGUUAGCGUUUUUGCGUAUUAGAAUUUUUAAAAACGAGUGCAAGAAACGAAAAUGUUGAGCUUUGUAAGUUUGUUUGGGACUGAAAGGUGAUUUAAAUGAAGUUCAGUGACGUGUGUUUAGCACGGCGCCCCCGCCGCUCGUGUUUAUGAUGCCUGUGUAUCUGCUCGUGCCCCCCGGCAUGGGGUGGUGAUACAGUGAAAUCGGUUUUAUGAGGGCUACAGGGCUUACACACCCUGCCUCGCCUGCCAACUCAAAUGGUUCCCAAAUGGCCCUUUAUGAGCCAUCUCUCCUGUGUCCUAGAUUUCUGACACAUUUAGUGCUGGAUUCCUGAACCUUGUUUUUCUAACCAGGAAUAGUUCAUAGGCAGUGUGUUGGAAGAGCACUUGUAUGUGUGAAUGGGUUGGUUGUUCGGUAAUGCCUUAAACAAAGGUUAUCUAAAUUAUUUUGUAUCACGUGUAAACGUUGAAUAACGUUUAGCAUCCGCUUAUGUACGAGUGUGUUUGUGAGAUCGAUACAUAUACAAGUUUAUACAUAUUUACAAACAGUUACCAGUAAUUAGUUAUGCCUGCAUUUAAAUUUAUUGGCCUUUUUAAUCCGGUAAACCUACCAUAUAGGUCACCUGUAGAUAAACACUUGUGGCCUGAUGUGCACAAUUUGUCAGGCCUCCUCUACCUUGUCGGUGGAAAGGAACCUCUGUUGUAUUACUGGUCGUAAUAUAACUCACUCCAGAGGCCAAAUCUAAGAGCCAAGAGCUCUGCAAGUUCAAGUUGAUGCCCUUUGUAAUGCUUCUGUCAGUCUGAAAUUCCCAGGAAGCGCAGUGUGGUGUAUCUCGACAACCUUUUGGUUCAUUCAGCAUAUUUUCAGUGGGGCCCUGCACAACCUCUAGUUACUGCCAGACCAGCCUUCAUGUUAACUUCAAUAAGCGUAGCCUGAUUUGUUGCAAAAUGGUAUUUUUGGGCCAUGUGGUCAGCACCACUGGUGUGCCUACUAAUAAAGUAAAUGUGGCUGCUGUCAAAAACUGUUCCCCACAACCUUGCUUCUGUGCAGCUUUGGUUUGGCAUCGUACUAUUCAACACAGACUGGCAACCACUUUGCCAGCCCCCUGCAUUACCUGACUGAGAAGAGCCAUUGACUUCGAAUUAAACAAAGACUGUGACUUGGCAUUAACCUGUAGGAUUUGCUCAACAGGGCCCCAAUCCUAGCACACCCCAGUCCUAAGCAGACUUUAAUUCUUGAUACCUAUGCCAGCGAUGUGAAGAUUGGUAGAGUGCUGUUGCAGGGUGAGGGGGCUGGAGAGCGAAUGGUCACUUCUGCACCGACCCGUAUGGAAAGUGGGUCCUCUUAUGAAUGUCUCAUGCUUACUAUACAGACAUUGCACUAUUUCUGUCCCUACCUGUAUACCAGGCAGUUCUUCUUAUGGAGGUCUUGUGCCUCCCUCAUGUGGCUCCUCGACUUUAAGGGGCUGGAAGGACAUUUGGCUUGUUGGCAUAAAAUACCUUUCAGGCUGUCUCCACUAUAACAUGGUCUCGCUCUCUGAUGCCAACCAUGUGAGACAGUGGAGUGCCUCUAAUCUGCUGAGAGGAUACUAUCCAUUCAUGCCUGCACUGGUUUGGAGCAGUGCCAUAGGGCAAGGACUGCCCGUGCUCGAUCAUCACGUAUAGCAGGAGACGGACAGGUGAAAAGGUGGCUGGAGGCAGGGAAGCAUACAAAAAGGGGCUUACCCCUGGAACAUGCCCUCACACCCCUGGAACUCUGGGCAUUCUAGAUGGCUGUCCAGGAGUCCACCAAUGCACGCCAGCUGUUCUGAUGUUUGACUGGGAGCUGAGGGUAACCGUGACGUUGGUUUUCAGAUCCCUGCCAGAGCCUGCGAGAGCAUGAAUGCAUGAGAUUGUAGUGGCGGUGCUGGUGACUAUCAGAAGAGCCUUUGACACCCGUUGCUGUGGUCAAGACUUUCCACUAUGGGCCCAUGCGUGGGUGUACCGGCCUAUCCAUAAGAAAGACCUGUUGCCUAAACUUAGUAACCACUGGGUGUGGCCGUGCAAAGUGCUGGAACAGGUUGUAGACAUGGUGUACCACACUGUUGGAAAGUGGCGGGCUUGCAGUGCUGCACAAAGACCAGUUGCCACCCUACUGACCCUUUGCUAUACUUUGGGAUGAGGCAAUGGAGAAUACCGGUAGCCAUGGUCCUGAUCCAACCCUGUACCACCACCACCCAGUGAUCCAUUUCAUCAGCCGCAACACCAAUGCGCGUCAUCUGGUGGACUCAGGGACUUCAUACUGUGCUUUGGGUUGUCAUGUGAGUAGGUGUCUUUGACUUGUGGCUCUACCAACACAUCUUUCACAUCUGAUGACAGAACUGCUGACGAUAUUAUGCCUUGUGUUUGAUUUAAUAACCGAGUUCCUGGCCAAGUUUAUAUCUGGCCAGUUGUUACCAGCUGUUUUCCUGUACUGACUUCUAGUGAAAAAUAAAGUGUUUUUUGUUUUAUUAUUUCCUA